GCGGGCCCGCGGCUCGGGCGGCUCCGGCUCGGGCUCGCGCUCCAUCGCUGCCGGCGCCCUCGGGGCUGUAUCGCCGCCCGGCUUGGCCCGGCUCACAGGGCAGGGCCGUGGCGCCGGCACCCAGGGCGCUGGCGCGGCCGUGAGCCGGCGUGUCCGCGAGGGCGGCGGGGCCGCGGGGUCGGGGCGCGGCGCGCGGGCGCAGGUCUAUGUCGCGGGCAGCGGCGGCGGCGGCGGCCGCGCAGGGACGAUGCGCGAGUACAAAGUGGUGGUGCUGGGCUCGGGCGGGGUAGGCAAAUCCGCCCUGACCGUGCAGUUCGUGACCGGCACCUUCAUCGAGAAAUACGACCCCACCAUCGAGGACUUCUACCGCAAGGAGAUCGAGGUGGACUCGUCGCCGUCGGUGCUGGAGAUCCUAGACACGGCCGGCACCGAGCAGUUCGCGUCCAUGCGGGACCUGUACAUCAAGAACGGCCAGGGCUUCAUCCUGGUCUACAGCCUGGUCAACCAGCAGAGCUUCCAGGACAUCAAGCCCAUGCGGGACCAGAUCAUCCGCGUGAAGCGGUAUGAGAAGGUGCCAGUCAUCCUGGUGGGGAACAAGGUGGACCUGGAGAGUGAGCGAGAGGUGUCCUCCAGUGAAGGCCGCGCCGUGGCCGAAGAGUGGGGCUGCCCCUUUAUGGAGACCUCUGCUAAGAGUAAAAGCAUGGUGGACGAGCUCUUCGCAGAGAUUGUGAGGCAGAUGAACUAUGCCGCCCAGCCUGACAAAGACGACCCGUGCUGUUCUGCCUGCAACAUACAAUAGCACUGACCAUGGCUGUCCUGGACAGGACUCGUCUAGCCUUGUGGGCACCAGUAACCUGUCCACUCCAUUGCAGUUUGUAGGAUGGGCGUCUGAAUGACAGUGCACUGCAGCCCUCAGGCGGGGUGUCAGCUGAUGCCUCAGAGUCCCUGGGGGUCCAGUGACUGCAUUCUCCACCAUUGCCCUGAGCCUUGUGUGCAUCUGCAACCUGAAGGCACCGCCGUCAGCUAUAGGGUGAUCUCAUCUGAAGUGAUGAUGGUAUUGCCACUGAGUUAGCAGAAGCCACUGUUGUGUAAAUUAAAAAUAAUCAGGAGAGAAAAACCAGAUGGAUUCCUAUAACCACUAACAAUUAAAAUAUUUUGUUGUCUUUAAAAAGUAAAGGAGAAAUAUUUUCCUACAAGAGUGAAGUCAUGAGUUGAUGGACCUUCCAGCCAGUGUAUCCCACCAGGUGAAACAGCUGGCCAGCCAACAGCCUUGCAGGGAGAGUCUGCUCAGCUGACACACUUCUGUUUUUCAAGUCGAUGCUUAAUUGUAGGUGUUUUCCUAAUUUGUGACGUGAAAUCCACUCACCUAUCAAUCCUCAGUAGAGUAAAAGUCAGAACAAGGUUGUAUGAAAUCCAAUCUGGCUUUAGAAUUUGUUGAAUCACCUGCAUUGCCACAAGAAAGAGCCUCUCAUGAAGGCUCAUGAGAGUUGAAGGCACACAACCACCCUCUCGUAACGGAGCAGGGAUGGUCUAUUUACAAAGGAAGCAACUGAGAUGGAGAGGUUGCCUAGCCUUACUAAUGAGUCGAUUAACCAGUACCAUCGUGGAAGGAAAAUGAAGCCAUGUUACAUCCACACGUUCCCGUUUGCAGACACCUCACAAGACAGUACAAAUAUUUGACAUUUUGUGUGUGUGUUCAUGAAAGCAGCCUUUAAGGGCUAUGGUUGUAAUGUGACCCUUGGCUCACUUGCUUUGGAAAUCCAAUUUGCUGUAACAGAGCUUUAUUGUAGGCAUAAAACAAAACAAAAACAGAUUGAAUAAUCUGUGAAGUAAUUUGGGCUUAAAAGUAGAAUGUAAAUUACUAUGGAGUGGAAUGGAAGGGGACAGACAAAAGCUUUCCAUCUUCCUUGCCUGGAGGCUCAUGGAAGGGUUUCUUGUACCUGUUCUGCCCUGAUUACUGAAGUAGCACAUGCGUCCAGACUGAAGCUUUUGUUCUAAAAGGUGCUGAGGCUCAGCAUUUGGUUUCCAUAGCCGUGGAGUGUUAUCAUUUGCAUGAGGAAUGGCACAGGGAAAAACCUAUUCAGGAGUUUCAUGAUCAGUGUAGAAGAGUUCUCACCUCACUUGACAGAUAAGUGCCGGUGAAUGCCUUGAGCUCGCCUCUGGAGAUCAGUUAGGCCUUCAGGACUCAGUGCCACUGAGCCCGGACGUACGUGGCACCCACACCUUCCUGGUUCCACAGUCUUGUGCAAGUAACCGCUUAGUCUUAUGUGUGUAACUGAGAGAAGAGUGUGUGUUUGUGUGUGCAUGUGUGUUUAUUCCUAAGAAUUUGGCACAAUUCAGAGAUCAUUGCCUCUACUGAGAAUCUAUACUACAGAACAUAAUGUAUAAGAAAACAUUUUUAAAUUAUUAGUCUCUUAUAAGCCAUUGAACCCCCCCCCCCCCCCCCAGUGUUUUAGUAACUGGCUUUAAGCUUAGAAGUUAGAGUGGGGGAAAAAGGUCAGUGGUGUUUGUCAUAUGUGAGAAAAUUAAAUAAAUAAACAAAUAACAUGGGUGAAACCAGGCAGUGGGUGUUAGGGAGUCUGGACAUCUGUGGUCUUCACUGUCAGUUUCUCCAGUUAGGAAACACCACAUCUCUAGGGCACAGUUCUGACCAGUUUUCUUGUAACAAAGUUCAUUAUAUAAAAGCUGAUUUGACUCAGACAUACCGAGAAAUCAGAUUCGAGGAGUAUGUUUUAUCUACUGAAAUAGAAAUGGUAGUGCAUUGGCCUGAGGCCUCUAACUUGUGAGACUAAUUCUGAUUGUUAAACUCCCAUAAUGAAUAGCAGUUUGUGACAUUGCAUAUUCGAAGCAGCUGUACCAGUUCACAGUUUCACAUCAUGGAUGGCUAUGCAGACAGGAAAAGGGUAACGCGUGAGGAGCCUGGCAAGGUGUGAAGUGGGAGUGUUUGUCAUACAUUCAGGCAGGCUUUCCUGGGAGGCGUUCCUAAGGCCCGGGGUUGGUGCCGGUCCUUCAUAGUGCCCAGGCAUCACUUCCCAGCAUAGACUCUGCCAUGCCCUCUCCCUGUUCCUCUGGUGUGAAUCUGACUGCUGUGCAUGACGUUUGCCAAGAUGGGAAUGAAAAACCCAAGGGCAGGAACAGGACACUUUCUGGCACAUGAACAGCAGGCUGCAGAGGAGAGGUAGUGGCCCCGCCUGCCAUUUCUUUAAAGCCCUGAUCCAGCUAGUAACUAGAUAAAUGGAAGUUUGUUCUAACAUGCCUUAAGAAUAUUAUGGUUUGACCCAAAGACCCACUUUUUCUUUAGCAUUACCAAGUUUUCUUUGCUUUGUUUUUUUUAAAACAUUUAUCAAAAGGCAGGUUUUUUUAGAUUAUUUCUUUUAAAGUGUAACUUGUGGGCUCUUUUAAGCUGUGGUAGUGAUGGUAACUGAUGCCUUUCCACCCUGAGCUUCCAUGAGACAAGCCAGCAUGUGCUGGGGAGCCUUCUGGGUCUUCCCUCCACCACUGAAAGGUGCUUUGAUGCUCCCAUCCUUUGCUUUGUAGAGUUGGGGUCUGACCCGGUCACUACAGUUGCCAUCACUCCCUGUGCUAAAACUACUGAUACUUGCUUUCCUGUGUCUCCCAAGGGCGUCUGCUGUUUGCUUCCCAGUGUGAGUGUUGCUGGUGAGUGUGAAGCUGCUUUGUCUGAUGCUCGUGGUUUGUCUGGUUUCCCAGUUCUCCAUCAGUAACCCCUGUUAGCACUGGUUAAGCUUUAAUUGUCUCCUCAGCCAAUCAGAUGUUAAAGACUGUGGGGUCCUUCUGUCUGACUUGUCCUUGUGCGUCCGUUAUCCUUCAUCAGGGUUUCUAGAAUGGCUGCAGGAGAUUUUGAAAACAGACUUACCAUUAUUGAUUUGGGGGUUCCCAGAGAUACAGUUCACAGUUAAUUGUUGAACUCUAAUACAACUGACCAUUUAAAAUUGAACAACAGUUUAUUGUUUUGUAACAAUGUCGAGUAAGCCCCGACAUUUCAAUUGAAACAUGAAUUGUAGUUAUAACUCAAUGCAAAUUCAACAGUUGUAUUUGGAGUUAAAUUAUUUUAACAAAUAAAUUUAUUUAAUGAAA